CACAUGAAUUAGGACGUGUAAAUGUAAGCGAUCUGCCAAGGGUUGUUGUGUGUGUGAUGAGUGAUCAUUGUUUAUUCUGUGUGAUUUGGAUCGAUCAUUCUUUAUUUAAAGAGGUCAUGCUUUACUGCGUCUGCAGUUUUAUAGGGACAGUUUAUUUAUUAAUUGGUUAAUUAAUGUGAAUUUUACUUACGCUGUAUUGUAAUUGAACACCAAGGAUCUCCAGAGGUACUUUACAGUAGUCCUGAUUCCCUCCCGUCUGAUUGCUCUUCUUUACUGUAUAAAUAUCUCUCAAGCUUUCAGGUAAAGAAACGAAAUUCAGACUUGAGAUGUGAAUAAAAACCUCCAAUGACUCCGGUUUGUUUAUCUAUCUAUAUUUUUAUUUGUUUAGCAUGCUGUGCUCUGAACCCUCCAAGGUCCAGUCUAGCCAGUCUGGUUCUUCUUCAUCUACACAAAUGUGUCAAAAAUGACUGAGAAAAGGUUAGGACACCUCUGCACACCUCAGCCAGUAGAAGCGUGUGGAACUAAUCUCCUGAUUUGGGUGUAACAGGAGCAGGACGCAGCCACCAGAAUGACGAGUGUGCUGUGCAGACGAGCUACCCGGUGGGCCAGAGCCACUCGGAACGUCAGGUCACUGAGAUUGUUCUCCACCGCUGGAUCUUCAGGAUCAGAUGAGCCUUAUGUAGUGGUUUCAUCUCGUCCUGCAGUAGGCCCCAGAACAGUGUGGCCUGAUGAAACCAUGGGUCCCUUCGGACCUCAGGAUAAACGCUUUCAGUUACCAGGUAACGUGGGGUUUGACUGUCACCUAGGCGGGACGGGAGAGGAGGAACAGAGGACAGCACCGACCCAGCGCAUGGUUCCUGACGUCCUCACAGCGCCAUCCAGCAGCGAGAGACAUGAGUUUGUACUGGCACAGUUCAUCACUGAAUACCAGACUGAAGAAUCAUCAGUAUGGCCUCAGAGAGUUGUAAAAGCAGAGGAAUAUUUCACUCACUGUGAUGUGGAGUGUUCUAUUCAUUCCUGUCCUGAACUGCUGAAACAGGAGUUAGAAUCUUUUUUUCCAGCUCUUCCUGUCAGUGGCAUCACUGUGGUGACAGUAAAGCAGAAAAGAAAUCCUACCGAGGCCGAACUGAACUCACAACAGCUGCUAGAUAACUUUAUUAACGGUGCCAAAGAGAUCUGUUUCCUGUUGUGGAGAGGAGGAUACUGGGCUGACUUCAUCGACCCCUCGUCUGGAAGAGCCUAUUUCGGCCCACUGUCACAUGAUCAGGUUCUCGAGGCGGAUCAGGGACGUCACUCCGGCUUCCACAUCGAGGACGUCGCUUCCUGCAGACUCACCGUCCACAUCCUGAGGGACACGCACACCUUCGCCGGGACGCUGAUCACCAACGCGCCGUCCGGCAGCCUCAUCAUGCGGCGGCUCAGAGGACACGCACCCGACCGAGACGCCACACACGCACCCUCGCGGCGUGAUGGACGCUAACGCUAACGCAGGUCUGCUGCUGCUGCUGCCUUAUUACUGGAGUUUUAAUUGGAACCUUUAUUUAUUUACAUCCUGAUAUUUAUGUGACACGUGGCAGCUCUGAUUCAGGGGUCACGUCACUGAAGUACGUGAACAGACAGCAUUAUUUAUAUGCUGGAACUGAGAAUCUGAUGUCAGCAGGGUGGGGGUGAGGGGGGAAGUGAGACGCUGAGCGAAUGCUGAAUUAAAUGAAACAGAAUGCAGAUUUUUUCUUGAGAGAAAUCAGAAGGAUAAAUAAGGAAUUGUUCUAUAAAGAAGUUUAAUUCACACUGAGGAACUGUACAGGUCACACUGGUGCUCCUACGAUUUACUCGAGACACGUUCUUCAAUAAAACACACACAGACUCUC